AUGCAGCAGGCCGCUCUGAAAGUCUCCCAGGGACGCUUGUUGUUCCUCUCCUGGAAUGCUGGAGGAUUGUCCCAGGCCCUGUGGCAGGAAUUCUUAUUAACACUUGAGAAUAUGCCGCCUGACGAUCGUCCCCAGAUCGUGUGUGUUCAAGAAACUCACUGGACGGAUAAGGUGGCACCCCAAUUCCCCACUGCUACGUGGGAUGUGUACACCUCCCCGACCACUGAUAACAAAUCUGCUGGGCUCCUGAUUCUCCUCAACAAGCAGACUACCCGUAACUGCAGAAUUGUCUACGCCGACCCUCAACCGGGUAGGGUGCAACACCUGAGGAUACUCCAUGACCAAUGGGCAGUCGACCUGCUGCACAUCUAUCAAAAGCCGCACAACUCUCAUCCACUCGCCCUGCAAUCUUCCAAAACCAUUCGCUUAGCUGUUUGGGAGUGCAUUGGUAAGAUCCUGGCGGCUCUACCUGCCCGCAACACGGUGAUUAUGCUUGGAGAUUUUAAUACUCAGAUCAAGCCAUGUGCUGCAGCUGGCACCAGGAUUUGUUCAGGCAACAGCUCGGGAACGCAUCCACCUGAUCAGGCACGGCUGCAGCAUCUUGUCGAGGACUUCUCCCUCCUACAUCUCAACUCAUGGUGCAAGGCUGCUGGCCCCACGUACCAUCACAACAAAGGUGCCAGCCUCAUUGACCAUAUCAUCAUGCGUUCUUGCCAAGCGGAUGACCGUGCUCGUCAGGCCAAACCUCUCCGCCUGGGACUAGCUGCAUGGAGACUUGGUGGCUACCAUUUACCACUGAAGGCCAGUAUCCCGCUUCAGCGCUUCCACACUCUCAACAAACCGGUGGCACCAAAACGGGCAUGGGACCAUUGGGGCUUGAUUCAGGUUUGCCGCUCUGCUUGGGAUCCGCGAGUACAAAGUCUACGUACUGCCGUCCAGGCAUCCCUACCUGGGGUCACUGAUCUUGGGCAAUUACAUGCUACUCUGAUUCACUGUGCAUCCCAAUUUUUCCCGCCGCCCACAGGUCAGCAUCGGCUAGCACUAUGGCAGACACCACCAAUGCAAGAUGGCAUCCGAUCCAUGUGGCAGGCCUACCGAGCCUGGAAGACUGCCAAAUCUCAAGAUCGGCACAAUCCGCUUUAUGUAUCCAGGUGCUAUCAUCACUUCAAGACGGCACACAAGGCCUUUCGUCAAGCCGGGAAAGAAGCUAAGAAGCACUGGUUCCAUGGCAGGCUCCAGGAAUUACAGGCUGCCGCCUGUUCGGGUGACUCCCGCAAACUUUAUGCUGGCAUCCGCACCCUAGCUCCUAAAUCCUCCAAGCCGAAGGUUCAACUGCGAGAUUCUGGUGGUCAUCUGCAGGACCCUAAGAUCCAGCUACAACAGCUGGAAACGCACUAUCGUAAAUUAUAUGCUGCAGACGAGGAUACCAGCAUCCAGGGCCCCCAGCGGACACCCAUUCACAUCGAGGUCACGGAGGCCGAAAUGACCCUGGCACUUUCGCAAUUGUCGCCCCACAAAGCUACACCUCCGAAUCUAGCCACAAACUCUUUAUGGAGGCUGACCUCGGACAUUGUCGCGAAACUGCGCCCCUAUGCAGAGAGGUUCCUUGCGGACCAGGCACAAUUUGCAUAUCUACCGGGUGCACAACUCUCACUGGACUUGUCCAGCGCUUUCGACCUCAUGGACUGGCGCUUGCUGGACAAGGCAUUACUUGCAUCUGCAGUCCCGGCUGAGUUAAGACACCAAAUCAUGUCCUGGCACUCCGAGAUUUCCUAUGUCCUUACCCACCUUGGGCACACUGCCAAAGUGGAGGCCCAAAGAGGACUUAGACAAGGGUGUAAACUAGCUCCGUUGCUCUGGACACUUGCCCUGGCACAGAUAUAUCGUGAGCUCCUUGCAGAGGGGGACUCGCUCCUCACAGCCCCUUGGCUAGAGCAAAGCUCCACGAUUUAUGCAGAUGAUAUACAUCUUAAAGAUACCGUGCAGAACACUCGUGAGCUGGACGACAUGGUGUAUCGCUUUAGUAAGAUCCUCGAUGCUCUUGCUGCCCAUGGUAUGGUCAUCAACUCGGCCAAAUCAGCACUGCCAAACAAGCAGUCACCUAUCGGCUACAGGCUGCGAACCAGGCAUGGCAAAGACUUCGUGGUGUCCUGUGCUCUACCAGGCACCUUGCUCAGACACAUUGUCUUAGUCUAUGGAAAUCCACAGUGGAAACAGCUCGAGACACAGCUGCUACGCUCCACCUACAGGUGCAACGCCAAUGACAGGUACCUCUCGGUGACAAAGAAGGCAUCACUGACCCUGCAGUACACCAGUGCCAGGAAUGUCAUCGGGUCUUCACCUCCUUUCGGCUACUACGCUCUCACGAGGCUAAGUGGCAUGGACUCAAGACACCUGCUGCUGUCCCAGUGCCUUUUGAUAGGUAUGCACAUGGAACAGAAGGACUUCCAACGUGCAGACAUUGUGCCCAUCCCUUCCGACAAUGGGACGGACUUGUCAAACACAUCAAACGCAAUCGGUGCCAGGUACUCCGUAGACUUGCCACACAACCUCCCGCUGAUGCCCAACCCUUGGCUCCGAGAUCAAAUGAAUCCGAUCCUUUACCAGUCCUUGCAUCGGAGACCCACAUCCUACAAGAGGCUCAGGACAGCUCCACUACACCGAGCCAUGAGGCUGUUCCCCUUCAUCAGCAAUCUCAUGUUCUCGCAGCGCUACGUGCACGCAGGUGGACUGACCUCCUUGAGAAGCCGGAGAUCCAAUCGUAUCUCCAGCACCACUGCCCGCUGUGUUACCAGUGGCUAG